GGGACCUCGAUCUCCGGCGAAUGGAGGACUACUGCCCAACGGAACCCCCCAACUGGGACCCAAACUCUGAUGAAGGCAAAAAUAUGAACAAUUAAGGUAAAUUCUCAAAAAGGGGAGGAGGAUAUAUAUAAAAAGGGAUUCUUAACCUCAAAUGAACUUCAGCAUCUGUUUGAAAAGAUGAGAUACAAAUGCACUUGGAGGAACACCCAGUUAAGUAGCAGCGCGAGACUGUGCCUGAUUUCAGCAGCCAUCUGACACCUGUGUGACAGUCCUGUGCUGGGCCUGCGGAAUGGGGGUGAAAGUCUCGGUCAAAGAGACCUGCGGGAGAAACAGACAGGCAAGCAAACGUCUUGAAUACCAUAGGAGAAGCACUCUCAUAGCGGACUGCACGGCCCAACCCUGGGAGGUCAGGGAAGGCUUUUAGGAGAAGGCGAAGGAAUGAAGAGGACUGUUGAAGGCAGAUGGCCGCUGGGAACAGCAUGAACAAAGACCUGAGUGUGAUUUCAGAAUCAGGAAGAAAAUCAGGCCUCUAACUGUGGACACAGCCUGCAGCUAUGGGCUUAAAUGAAUGAAUGACUGGAGUGUAUUCUGGGAGUGUGAGCCAGAGGCCCCAUCUCUUGUGACAACAGAUGACAGGCUGCCAACAUUCAGAAAUGUUUGCAAAAUCCACCCAGUUCAUCAGUAUUUACGGCAUUGACUGAGCAGGCUAUUAAGGAGGCCACCAUCCAGCAGAGGGAACCCUGUAAUAAGUACACGGGAGCACUUCUUGCCACCACUCCCAGCCUCAGCCUCUAAGGAUGCGGAUCCUUGGGAAACUGCGCGCCUCCGCUCCGGAGCCUGCUUUUUCCAACGUGCUCACCCCGGCCCGCAUCCCCGAGUUCUGCAUCCCGCCCCGGCUGCCCGCGCCCUGCUCACCGGAGUCUCUGCCUCCGGCCGCGGCUCUGCCCCGGCGCUGCGCCGCUGAGCCAGACCUGUGGCCCGGAGGAGCCUACGGUGCCGCGGGACAUACGGACUGGGACCCGCGCUCGCAGGCCGCGCUCUCGCUGCCGCAUCUGCCGCGCGCGCGCACCGCCUACGGCUUCUGCGCGCUGCUCGAGAGCCCGCACACCCGCCGCAAGGAGUCACUCUUCCUCGGGGGCGCCUGCGCCGCCCCGCUCCUGCUCCCGGGCUCAGCCCCGGUUCCCGACCCCGCGAUCCCCGCCGGCCCCCGGCAGACCCCGGACGUGCCCGCGCCGCCGCCCCGCGCCCACCGCCUCCUGCGCGCCCCCGAAGGACUGCUGAGCCGCGCGCUGCGGGCCCGGAGGAGUCGUGGCCUGGCGCGCGCCCGCUCCGUGUCCAGCGGGGACGACGACGACGAGCGCGGCGCCGGCUCCCAGCCCCCGGCCCGGGCCCCCUCCGCGUCCCCGCCGCCGCCUCCACCGCCUGGCCCCGACCCGCGGCCCGAGCGCCUGGAGGCCGAGGGCACAGUGGCCCUGGGCCGCGACUGGGGCGCCCUGCGCCUGGCCGCCGAGUACAGCCGGGCCAGCGGGCGGCUCCGCGUGCGGCUGCUCGGUGCCGAGGGCCUGCCCGCAGGGACCGCCGAGCCCCGCGCCGUGGGCUGCCGCGUCAGCUUCGUCCUGCGCUCUCCAGGCAAGACGCGCCCGCAGCGCAGCGCCGUGGUGCGGACGAGCCGCAAGGCCGCCUUCGACCAGGACGUGUGCCUGGACGGGCUGUCGGAGGAGCAGGUGCGCCGCCUGGCCGUGCGCGUCCAGGCGGAGAAGCGGGGCAGCGGCCGCGAGCGGGGCCGCCGGCUGGGCCAGGGCGAGCUGCUGCUGGGCUCCCUGCUGCUCCCCUGAGGGUGCCCGGGCCUCGGGCCCUCCCCUUGGGGCGCUUUCCGCGCGCUGGGACCUUGGACCCGGACAGCCCCU